GCCGCCGCUUCCUAUUGGCUGGCCGCCCGGUGGUUGUGACGGGGCGGACCGGAAGUGCCGGCCUGAGGGGGGCUCCGUGAGGGCCGCGGCCGGGGGCCGCUCAGGGCGCCGACGAUGAGCCUCCCGCCUUCGGUCGGGGAUGGGAACUGCUACUACAUCCUGACGGAGGGCUGUACCUACGGCAGCAAAUACUUCCCCCCCGGCAGCCUCUGCUGCUGCAGCGAGCGGAGUUACCUGCGCAGCUUCGCCGACCGGCCCUCGGCUCGUUUCCUCAAGGUCAUCAUGCUGGACGAGGGCUCCACCGUCACCGUCACCGUGGAAAUCCUGCAGCCGGUGCGCAGGGAGGUGGCCGCCCUCCUCCUGGGCAUCGGCGGCCCCAGCGAACGGUUGGAUUCCUUUUUGGAGAGGUUGAGCCUCGAGGCAGCUCUGCAAGCAGGGCCGGGCCAGAAGGUGACGGUGGAAAUCGAGCGGCAGCACUUCCCCGGAGUCAUCCGCUACGUGGGGAGCAUCCACAAAAGCCCCCUGGCUGCCUUGUCCCCGGUCUUUUUUGGGGUGGAGUUACAGGGCGAGGGGGAAAACAGAGGGCGCAGCGACGGCUCCUACCACGGCACCGAGUAUUUCAAGUGUAAGCCCGGCUGCGGGAUCUUCCUGCCCUUCAGCAGAAUCCGUUUCGCUCCCGGCCUGGAGAACGAGCCCGGGAAGCAAAAGCCAAAAGUGGAAACGGAGGAGGGGGUGCCCGUGAAGGUGGGGGACGCCGUCAGCUUCUACGUGGACGAGGUCCUCAGGAAAGGAAUAGCGAUGGCAGUCUACAGGGAGGGAUCCCAGUGGUUCGUGAAGGUUUGCCCGGAAGAAGAAGGAACAACUGACAUCUUCAGAGAAAUCCCUCUGGACUCCGUCGUGAAGGAAAACCUGAUUUCUCAGAGUGUUUUUCCAACGUUUGGACCUGACGUGGGCCUGGGCCACUCGAAGCAACCGAAACGGCAGGCGAGCGAGAGCGGCGAGGAGGGCGAGAGCGGGAACCCGCCCUUGGAGGUGAACUCCAUGGUCCAAAUCACCUUGGACAAGGGCAAUCAGGUGUUCGGAAUCAUCCGCUGGCUGGGCUACCUCCCCCAGAUCAAGCACAAAAUGGCAGGAGUUGAGCUGGAUGAAGAUAAGGGGGUCACUGCUGGCGAGUGGCUGGGCAAAUAUUACUUCCACUGCGCCCCGAAGCGCGGCCUCUUCGUGAAGCUGCAGUCCUGCCAGCCUGACGUCCGCUUCCAGAGUUCGCGCGGCAGCGACCUGAACCUCGUGGAGGACAGUGAGCGCGAAGCUCUUCCCCAUGCUCCCGUCAGUUUUCCUCCCCUCAGGAAUGAGGACGCGGUGUCCGUCCUGCGAGGGCGGAUGAAAGGGAUCCAGGGCCACUGCAACUCCUGCUACAUGGACGCAGCUCUCUUCAGCCUCUUCUCCUGCACCUCCGUGCUGGACUCCAUGCUCUUCACGCCCUUCACGCUGUGUGACAGGAACGUGCAGGAGAUUCUGCGGGAGGAGAUCGUUAACCCCCUCCGAAAGACUGGCUUCGUCAAGGCUCGGAGCGUGAUGCACCUUCGGGAGCAGUUAACCGAGAAGGGCAAAUGCUCGAGUUUUACCAACGCUGAGAAAGAUCCCGAGGAGUUCCUCAGCCUCAUCAUGCAGAAGAUCCUGGGGAUAGAACCGCUCCUGAAACUGCAGUCUGGAGGCCACGAGGGACUGGACUGUUACUGCUACCAGAUAUUUAUGGACAAACAGGAGGACCUGGUGGUUCCUGACGUACAGCAGUUGGUGGAACAUUCCUUCCUGACCUAUGACCAGAAGCUAGUGGAGAUCCCCUCUUGCUUCAUCAUCCAAAUGCCGCGAUUUGGAAAGGAAUACAAAAUGUUCAGCAAGAUCAUCCCUUCCUUAGAGCUGGACAUCACCGAUCUGCUGCUCGACAGUCCCAGGGAGUGCUGCGUGUGCGGCGACGUCGCCACCCUGGAGUGCUCGGGGUGUUUCAAAGACAAGAUGUUCGCGCCUACGGGCCUGAAGCAGUUCUGCAGCACCUGCUCCAAACAGGUUCACUCCCACUACCGCCGCAGAACCCACAAACCCACCAGGCUGCACGUCCCGGAGGAGUUUCAGUGCCGGAGCCCCCAGGGAAGCCAACGGGUCCCCCGGGAGAAGAUGGAGCUCUUCGCCGUGCUCUGCAUCGAGACCAGUCACUACGUCUCCUUCGUUAAAUACGGCCCCGAGAACGAGCACUGGAUGUUUUUUGACAGCAUGGCCGACAGGCACGGUGACGAGAACGGCUUCAACAUCCCCACGGUGACUCUGUGCCCCGAAGUCGCCAAAUACCUGGACUUACCGCUGGCUGUGCUGGCCCUGGAACAGCCCAGGGACAUGGACGGGGUGGCCAAACGCCUCUUCUGCGACGCCUACAUGUACAUGUACCAGAGCAAGAAGAUGGCUCUCUACAAGUGACGCCGUUUCGGGCUGGUGUCAGAGAUUUGAGCUUGGGGUGGCCCCGCAGCCUGUAACGGGUGAAAGCAGCCGGAGCCUGGGUGCCCCGAGCUUGCACUUUUUGCCUCUUCUUGCCUCUUUUUACCUCUUCCAGCGUCUGCCCUUCAGGCUAGCUACAGGAGCCUGGCUGGGUUUGGAAAUCCUACGCCGGGUUUGCUGGAGAGAGAGCUUGGGUCUUCCUGCAGACCUGGACUCGGCGUUCUUACGCUCAAAUUCUCUCAUUCCUGCCUUCUUUCUUCCUACCUCCUUCCUCCGCAGGUGCUCUGCCCUACCUCAGUGUUCUCCCCGCACCCUUUCCCUCCCAGGACCAGCAUCUCAAAAACUCGAGGAGUUACCCUCAGGUUUGUAAAGACCGAGAGAAAAACCACGGCCUCGCGUGGAGUGAGAGAACCAGGUGGCAGCCUUGUGGCUGCGAUGUGUCAGGAAGGUUUUUCCUGAUCCCACCCCAAAAGCUGGGGCCCUGAACUGUCCUCCCUUCCCUUAUCCUAAUACCUCUGGCACUUUUACCCACUUAUUUUCCACCACGAGGUUAUUUGGAUGUCGUGGGCUGCAAACAUGCUCGAAAACACGUAUUUCUGUAGGAACAAACAGGAAAAAAAAGGUGGAGCAGAGGGACAGCAGGUGAGCACGAGGCACGCUGUCAUCUUUUUGUGAAUCCUACAUUAUUGCUACGGGGCAGGAGGCAUCCUAACAGCCCUUCUCUCACUUGCUGUCCCAUCUUUGCAUCCACUUCUGGGAUCUGUACCAAACAGCAACAACAAUUUCAGGACAAAACUGGAAGAAUGAGCACUUUUUACGUUUCCUUUGCCACGGCAGCAGGAAGGAUUAGGGUCCCUGAGUUGGGAAGAGGCGUCCUUUAAGUUAAAUAAUUUAAAUUUGCGAGUUAGGAGGUGUCAGGGCAGUGGGAAGCCAGUUGGGGACUCAGUGCCGUGAGCUGUUUGAGCCAGGUUCGAAGGAUGGAUGCAGUGUAAUGAACCCAGGCUAAUCACUUUUAUUUUUACUUUUAUUUUUUUGGCAACGCUGCCCUCCGAUUUAGCUCCCACCCUUCGGCGAGCUGAUGUUUGGAGGAGAGCCACGGACAGCGGUGUGCAGGGAUGGGGAAGGCUGUGACCCUGCUUCUGAGCCCCGAGGGCAGCCUCGCUGCCUUUUCUUCUCAGCUCAAUGGUACUUUUAUUUGUUUUCGUGUAGGAAUUCAGGCCAGGCUCUUUUUUGAGAGCACUGUGCGCAGGUUUAAUAACAAAAAGUGGUUUUUUUCCUCUCUUAUAGUGCAAAGUUAAGUGCCUUAUGGAGCGCAAGCCCAGCUGUGCUCCAGCCUGACGGUUUUUUUUUUAUAAACGGGACACAAUCAGGCAACUCUUUGUGUUUGUUUGUUUUUUUUCCCAUCAACAUAUGCUGCAAGGACCUAAGUGAUGGAGAGAAAAAAUUAAAAUAAAGCAUCUUUUAUCAAGCUU